UUCCCCCUUUUUCCUUUGUUUCCUUUCAACCCUAAACCGCAGCCGCAGCUAGGCAGAAUUCCAACAAAAAAUUCUCUCAUAUCCCUCCACGCCGCAACUCCAGCCCACUUAUACCCUCUCCUCUAAAAAGAAGUUGUCAAUCCCCUCUCUCUCCUUCUCCGAUCAACUGCAAAGCUAAAGUUUCCUUGAUUGUCGCUUAAAUUUUAGAAAAUUUUUGGGCAAUUCUUCUCCAUUUCCCACAAAAAGAAAAACAUGAUUUCAAACAGAUAUCCAUGGCCAUGAUGUUUGGCAUGAUGGGCUUGGUGACAAACUAUUUUGGGAUGGGACCUAAGGCAAGCACAAAACAAUGAAGUCAGCUGUUGCAGUUUCAACAAACAAUUCCUGGAAGUGUGUACAUUGGAUAGAUUGAAGAUUACAUCUGCAAGUUGGCAAAGAGAGGAACAACAACAUCUUAGAAUGGUGUACUAUUUUGUGUGACUCGAGGGAUUUUUUCGAGCCGGCAGAACUUGCGCAUGAGAUUCCUCUGUACCAUCAAGCAAGCAAGAAGCUCUCUCCCAAUUGGAAAUAAUGGAAAGAAGCAUAGCAGAUGAGCUCUACUGUGAUCUAUUGAAUGUGUCCAAUAUUCAUUUAGAUCCCAGGUCAAAUGUUGAUGGUGCAGUACAUAAUUCACAUGAUAGUGAUGGGGAUGAACUAUGGUAUGAUGAUGGAGCUUUACCCUAUGAGACAGAGAAAGUUGAAAAAGCAUUUGAUAUGGAAAGGGAGUGGCAGAGGAGGCGCGAGCAAUUUCAUACAAUUGGAUAUCGUGACGGUCUGGUAGCUGGAAAAGAAGCAUCUGCUCAAGAGGGAUUUAACAUAGGCUUUAAGGAAUCUGUAUUUGUUGGCCAAGCAUGGGGUCUUGUCAGAGGCGUUACCAGUGCUUGGGUUUGUCUUCCUGAUGGGGUAAAAGAGGGGUUGGUUGAAACAGAGGAGAAAAGAAACAAGUUGCGGCAGUUGCAUGAAUCAGUGCGUGGUAUUUCGGCAACAGAUGCACUUAAGUUGUUCCAUGAUCACCUUAAUAACAAUUUGAUGGAGCAUGGGGAGAAUGCAGAAACCGGUUCCAAUACAGGAGAUUUGCGUGCCCAAUGUUCUGGUGCUAAUGUUAUUGAACAUUAUGUCCGGGAGUUUAACUUGCUUCUUGUUCAAUGUUCUGCAAUGGAUGUGCACCUAGAAUGACUUAAAAUUGUCAUGUAAUGCGUGGAAUAUGCUUAGGUGUAUUUGCAUCCAAAGGAAAUAUAUUUGGCGUCUUUUGGAUAGCGCCGCAAAACUAGGCAUCUGUCAGAUAUACCAUUUCUGUUUUGAAAGGUUUCUCAUCUGCCUAUAUUGAGCCUGGACGUUGAAGCAUUCCUUGCAAGCCAGCUGCUUGGGCAACAUACAUAGCUUGAUUGACUCUGCUUGAUCUCAAUAGUUGAAUCGUGUAUUCUUCUUGGCACCCUUGAAAGUCUGUGAACUUUGACAAUGCCACUUUUGUAACUGGAGCUUUUAUGGUUAGUAUUUUUGCAUAGUAAAUUUUGUUUUUGGAGAUAAAUGAAAAACAUAUUUUUUAGGGUUA